AUGCUGGCGACAAACACACCCAUGAACGAGACUCUUGUGCGCCGCUCCAUCCUCUCCUGGCUUAGACUGCGCCCCACCCCGCAGGUCUACCUGCUCGGGGACCACCCAAGCCUGCACAACCUGGCUCGGCAGUUCCCGAACCACGUGCACGUGGAGCCUCGGGUGGAGAGCUCGUUCGACGGCGUGCCUCUGUUCAGCUCUGUGGUUGCGAGGGCCGAGGCUAUCGCUCCCAGGCUCCUCCGCCGUCUCCCCUUCGCCUUUGACCAUCUCCCGGACCACAUCCAGCCCCGGAAGCACCGAGGCGCCCAGGAGCUCUCCGAGCCUGAGGUUCGGGAGUUUGUGGUCCGGAACUCCGUGGUGGAGUCUGGCUCGGGAGAGCUGGCGUUUGUGAUGUGGAACCAUGUGGCACGAGACCCCAUUCCGCCCUUUGUGUGCGGCCGGGGGGGGCACUGGCAAUGGCUGCUGCGGCAGCUGGUGUUGGGGAAGCAGAGAGUGGCAGUGGAUGCGACGAGUGCAGUGACAGCAGCUAUGGUCAUGGGCGCUGUUCCUGUGAGCAGUGCAGCGCACACGGAUCGCAGUCACAGUCAACUGUGGCUGGCUGGGGGAUGUAAUCGAGGCGGGGUUGAGGCGGAUUCUGGCGCAAACGGGGGGGGGGAGGGGGGAACGGAGGGGGGAGGGGAUGGGGGGAGAGGUGUGUGGGCGGGAGGAGGAGGGGCGUGGCACUGUGAGGUGAACAGACGGUUGGAGGAGCAGGGUGCGGAGCAGCAGAGGCGGAUGCUGGAUGAGGGAAGGGUGGGACUCCACGCUGGCAGCAGCAGCAGCAGUGAUGAGGGAGGCACCAGCAGUGGUGAGGGUGGUGGCAGCAGUGGUGGUGUGGAUGGCAAGACAACAGGCGGCAAGAAGAAGGAGGUUCCGCAGUUCUCGGUGUCGGUUCCUUCCCCCAUGGACCUUCCUUGGGCCGCCAUGCCGUGCCAUGAUACCAUGACGACUACAUCCGUGUGCCUGCUCCCCCGCGUGCGCCCCGCCGCCUGCCCCUGCGAGCUUGCUCCCUACCACGGCCGCACAGCAUUGGACAGCAUACCCGCCCCCCAGGACCCCCUCUACUUCACCUGCAGCGUCCCUUCGGCCCUCGCCUUGCACUCCGAGUCCGUCCGUGCUGCAUCAGCCAACCUCUCGACUUCUUCUAAUUCCACUCCCGCUGCCGCUGACUCUCAUUCCAGUGGGGGUGAAGGCCAGAGCUCAGCUGCUGCUGCUGUGGGAGGGGGGGCAGGAGAGGCGGAGGGGGGAGCGGGGGAGGGAAGGGGAGUGGCGGUGAGGGAGGGGCAUGCGCUGCAGGCGCUGCUGCCGGUGGUGGCGGACAGGCAUGGCAUGGUGGUGCUGGUGGCUGUGUCCGAUGGCGACCAGGACGUGCUGCUCAGCUUCGUCUGCAUGCUACGCCAUCUCAACAUCACCAACUUCCUCAUUGCAGCAACCGACCUCCCAAUCCUCUCCUUCGCCUACCUCCACUCCCUCCCAGUCUUCCACCUCCCAUCCCUCGACACCCCACUCUCCUCCCCCUCCUCCACCCCCCUCCCCUCCCCCCACUGCACCUCCCUCACCUGCCGCCGCCGCCACUCCAUGCACGUGCGCUCCGGAGCAGCACUAGCCAUAGUUCGCCUGGGCUACCACGUAGCCUCCACGCUCGUCGACACAGUCUGGUUCCACAACCCUCUCCCGGACCUGCUAGCGUUCGGUCCCAACGCAGUGGCCAUUCAGAGCAGCGUGACGGAUGUGGAUCAGCCCGCGAAUAGUGCCGAGGGCAGGAGCACCAUGAGCACGGGGUUUUUCUUUGUGAGGGGAGAGGAGAAGUCGGCGGCGGCGCUGGCGGCGGUGGUGGCGCAUGCGGGGGGGAGCAGGAUGGCGGAGCAUCUGAGCUUCUUCCGGGUGCUGUGCGGGGAGAAUGGGCAGCUGCUGCUGGGCUCAGAUGCCUGCCGGUCACCAUCCGGGGUGAAAACCCGGCUCUUGAACCGCCGCCACUUCCCCACGGCCGCCAUGUUUGGCCUGUGGGACGCGGCCAAUGUGAGAAAGGCGUGUGGGCGCAUUGGAUGCCGCGUGCUCCCCAGUGACCACAAGCUAGAUAGGGCGGAGAAAUGCAGACGACUGCAAGAACGUGGGCUGUGGUUCGGCAAGAACGCACGCGCCCUUAGCGUGGCGAGUCAAGUCGAUCUUCUGCGUAUGAUCCGAGAUCGUAACAUGCGCCGUCUAAUGCGGCAGCCGUUCAAGCUCCACGAUUCCCUUAUGGCGGCCUUCGUUGCUUUCAUUGGCCUCUAUAUCGCCACAAUAGUUAACUCCCUGACGUCUAACGAGACCGGUCUGUCGUUUAGCUACUACAGCCUGCCGUUCUGCCAGCCGGAGGAGGGGAUACAGCGACUGGACGAGAAUUUCGGCGAGGUUUUAAUCGGCGACCUGAUCGAGAACUCGCCGUAUAAGUUCCGCACGCUAGUCAAGCAGCGCGCCGUUAAGGCAUGCGACGUGGGUCCCCUCACCGAAGCGGACGUGGAGAAUCUCAAGUCUAAGAUCGACGGCUUUUAUCACGUCAAUUUUCUCUUGGAUAACCUCCCAGUUACUCUCUUCUCGCUAGAAGACAACGAAGGUGACAUCCUCACCGGCAUCCCCAUCGGGUAUAGUUACAACGGUCAAUACUACCUCUACAAUCACAUCCUUUUCAAGGUCCUGGUGCAUGAGUACGUCGAGUCGCCCGCCGCACUGGCCGGGAUGUCGACGGGGUAUUCCUCUGUUGACGUUUUUCCUCAGGACGGCAGCUACACAAAUCAGAAUUCAUCCUCGAACGGCACCGCGAAGGGGUUCGUGGUCGUGGGCUUCGAAUCCGCGGCUUGCAGCAUCCGCCGCUCCCCGGAUCCCGAAAUCCCGCGCUACUCAACCCUAGAUCCGAUCGACUGCUUCAGAGGCGAUCCGCAGCCCAUUGCUCCCGGGGAAUCCGUCGUCUUUUCUUUCGACGUUUUAUGGGAGAAGAGCCCGAUUCAGUGGGCGAGCCGCUGGGACGCGUACCUAAAGAUGCGCGGCGAUAAGGUCCACUGGUUCUCCAUUCUCAACUCCCUCGUCGUCAUUUCCUGCCUGGCCGCCGCGGUUUUCGCGAUUCUCCUCCGAUCCGUGCAUCGGGACCUAGCGAGAAUCAACAGCAGGGACAAGGAGGAGGCUCAGCAGUUAGCGGACGAGAGCGGGUGGAAGCUGCUGGUGGGGGAUAUUUUCCGGUCGCCGCCGCAUCCCGAGGUGCUGUGCAUUGUCGUAUCAAACGGCUCGCAGCUGCUGUGCAUGGCAGUGGUUACCAUUUUCUUUGCGGCGCUGGGGUUCAUGUCUCCUGCGUCCAGGGGUGCGCUGCUCAUGGGCAUGGUCCUCUUCUACCUGCUUCUCAGCGUCGUCUCUGGUUACGUCGCCGCCCGCAUGUGGGUAACGCUUUCUGGCGUCACUGUUGCCAGCGCCGUUCCGUUCUCCCUCUUCUCCUACCUCUUCCUCCUCUGGUUCGUCAUUUCCGUCCCUCUAACCAUCCUCGGUUGCAACCUUGGUCUGAGGGAGCCAAAAAUCGCCUAUCCGGUGCGGACAAAUCAAAUCCCAAGGGAGAUUCCGGAGCCGAAUUACAUGAUCCACUUGGGUUUUCAUGGCUAUGGAAGCUACACCCCCUGGCUGCUUAUUUUAGCUGGGGGUAUUCUCCCGUUUGGCACCCUGUACAUUGAGCUAUACUUCAUUAUGUCUUCAAUGUGGAUGCAGAGGGUGUACUACGGGUUUGGAUUCCUCUUUGUCGUCCUUAUCCUGCUAAUGCUGGUGUGCGCAGAAGUGGCUGUCGUCUUCACAUACCUCCAGCUCACCAUGGAAGAUUAUCGCUGGUGGUGGCGCAGUUUAUUCGCUUCAGGGUCGGUUGCGUGUUAUGUGUUCCUCUUCUGUGUUCUGUACCUCGUGGUGGACUUGCGGCACAUGCGCAGCCUUCUGUCCGCCACCAUAUUCCUCUGCUACUCCCUUCUCAUGUCUCUGGCGAUUUUCCUUGCCACAGGAACAGUUGGGUUCUUUUCAUCUGCAUACUUUGUGUAUUAUCUUUUCUCAUCCGUCAAACUUGACUAG